AUGAAGGGCGUUGGCAGUAAUAAUUGUUUCAUACAAUUCCGUGCUGGGAAAAUGCUUCUUACGGAUGGCAAAGUUGUUGCGGAUACGCGGAGGGGCACGUUAUCUUUUUCAAAGGAAUCAAAUGGUGUUGUAAAGAUGACUUGGGUAUCGGGUUCUCAUGCGGAACAUUACGAUCUUCCCUUGGGCCAAGUGAAGUUCAGCAGAGUCGAUACGUGCACUACUGGUAGAGUGCUACUGUUCGACUUUGGCAAGGCCCAACCGCCGCUUUUUUUCUGGAUGCAGGAAAAGUCAACAGACAAUGACAACACCUAUUUUUCUGCAGUGGAGAAUUCACUUGUCCAGAAUCCCUCAGCUAUUGGGAGUUUGCAUACACACACCUCACCACUCACUGAUCAAGCCCGUGCGAGACUUGAGGGCUAUUUCGCGUCGGCUCUGAACAACGUUCGUGGAGGUAGGGAACAAGACGUUGACUUGGUAAGCAUUGUGGGUUCGGCGAAAGUGGUGGACGCCUUACGAGCAGAUCCCGAUUACUUCAUGUGUAGGUUGCAUCCAUUCUUACCCGAGGGAACCGAUUCGACAUCAGGUAUUGUGGAGCACGUUAUAAACCCUCAAGUAUCCGCUGCUGCUGCUUCGUUGGGGUUGGUUCUGCAGACUCCCGACGGAUUCCGCGAAUUAUGCGCGGCCUUUCACGUUGAUGGGAAAAAGACAGGGGUCGUGGGUUUCAUAAGCGGAUUACUGAAGCAAGUGAAGAAAUGA